AUGCAUUAUAGUCAGGACUGGAAGAUUCAGAUUGGCUACGAGCGCUUCCUGGCUCCUGAGAUCUUCUUCCAUCCGGAGAUCUUCGUUGAUGGGAUGACGACCCCUCUGCCGCAGGUCGUCGAUGACUGCAUCUCGCAGUGUCCCAUCGACUACCGCCGCCGGCUCUACAGCAACGUUGUGCUUUCUGGAGGUUCCACAGCUUUUCAGAACUUCAAGGAACGCUUGCAAAAAGAUGUGCAGCACCUCGUGGACGAGCGGCUACAGAAGGCGGAGCUGAGCACUGGCCGGCGGCCACAAGACAUCGAGGUCCUUGUGCACGGCAGCAAGAAGAGAGCGCAGCAGCGCUAUGCUGCCUGGCUGGGAGGCUCUCUCCUCGCACAGGAAGCCAUUUUCUCGAAAAUGGUGAAGACAAAGCGUGAGUACGAGGAGGUCGGCCCAGCCUGUAUGCGGAGCAGCCCAGUAGUAAUGGGCUGA